AUGCUCAUGCUUGAGAUAGCUCCAGCAGAAGCAAUGCAAACCGCACUUGGUGCAGGUCGAACCGUCAGAUUCUCCUCAGUGGGCAAAGGCAUGUCGCUUGAAGCUCUCGAGAACGGAUCGGGUUUGCCAACAAAGUUGAUGGACGGGGGGCAAGUCAACCAGGCUCGAGGAGACCAAAAUAUGCUAUCAAAAACGCAUAUUGAAACGCCCGGUCUACCGCCAAAGCUCGAAAACCCGACCGCAUUACUCAAGGCUACCGAGCCAGUCAAUGGAGGUCAACAUGUCACAGUGAAAACGGUUCCGAUCGCAAAAGACCACCUGGCUCAGCUCGUCACACAUUACGGGGAUCGAGUUCAAACCAAGGAUUUUGUCAAAAACGAUAAAUACAAUGUCUACAGGGCACUUGCACAUUUCAAAUACCGAGAUCAAGAGAAGUAUGGACUUGUUGCAAAGGAAAUAAAGAAAUACAUAAGAAACAACCCAUCUCAAUUCAAGAACUAUCGAAUUGGAAUUUUUAGUAUGAUAUCACGCAAAUAUGCUGCCGAUGAGAGUAUCAGAAUCGGCUUUCGUUGGUAUAGAGCUGUUGGCAAGGAAGGAAAUGCUGGUGUCAUCUUUUCUAGCUUUACAAAAUCACAACCAGAGAGCAGUAGUUUGACGGUUAUUUCCAAGACCCCUGGGUUCCAAGUGUAA